AUGUGUAGGAGUAAACGUUUUGAAUUUUGUAUGUACCUUGACGUGAGCUUGACGGGCAAAGGAGUAAUGUACAACAAUAAUCCACGGUUGUUAAAUUUGCCAGUGUUAGAAUUUGCGCGCGGCGCACGUUCGCAAGAUAAGUCAGUCAGGGUCGGCGCGGUGCCGACGGCCGGCCAUGCACUCGCGGCUUGCGACACUCGCCCCGCCGCGCACCUCACGCCCCACCCUGCCCUCGUCCUGCUACAAGCUUCGGCCGAGCUCAGCCAACAUAAACCAUGGGGAAAACAACAACACCCACGCUUGCUGACGUGUCCUUACUAA